AUGGACUAUGUGCCGGGUAAAGAGAUAGUGGUCGCUCGGUACAGGAGCAAAGUCGAGAAGAUAGCUGAAAACGGGUCUUCGGAGGUCAAAGGCUGGCUCACCAAAAAUACAACUCACAACACUCCAUGGGUUCUGCGAGUUCUUCCCGACUAUGUCGAAAUUGUCAGAAACCAGUUUCCUGGACUUUUUGACACGAUGAAGCACUCUCGCAACAGCGGUUGCGUCAACGGCACAGCACUGCUCUCAAUAGAGCAUACAGUUUCGACCGUGGAUGCAGAGGAGCGUCCAGAGUACCUAUACCGAACUAUACAUGGCAGCCAACCUUACGGAGGAACCGAAGCGAGACUAGGCCGAGGAACAGAUCCUAUCUUUUUGCACAUACACUUACGCAAGCACCUUCGAUGGCGAUGUCGAGAGUCAAGUCCGUUCCUUUCGGCAACCAACAGCAUGGAAAAGGCCGUCCGCAUCGCCACAUUGUACGAGCUUCGAGGUUUCCAUAAUAUCACGAUCCUGAAGUUCCAAACCACUGGCACGGCUUGGGAUCAUGAUGUGCAGCGCCUUUGGAAUCCGAAAUCCCUGCUUCGGGAGCUCAAUUUGCACGAGGACCUUAUGCCUUGGCUUGACAACGAAUUUCUUGUCGAGCACUCCAUUCCAAAGUCGAGCAUCGUCAAACGCUGGGACUGGGGAAGCUAUAGUCAACAAAAUGAAGUCGAUCCAUUGCGUCUCUACAGGAAAGCUGCUCGAUUUUUCUACGAAGGAAGAGAGCGCGUGGCCACUGAGCGGAAGAAGAGACGCGACGCCGAGAAGAAGAAGGAAGCAGAGCACGCAUCUGCGAGAAAGCGCAAGGCCUCCGAGGAAGGCGGCAAAGACGAAAACACUGGCAGCGACAACGAAGACGAAUCGGAGUCUAAGCCGAAGAAACGAAAGUACAGCAAGAGGGUCCAUGUUGGUCCUAAGAUGAGACGCGACGGUGGUGCUUGA